AUGGCUUCGCCAGAGCCUGAAACCUUCCGAUCUUUUUUCGGAAUAGACGCAGAAGAUCAGAAAAAACUGAAUGCCUUGGCCGAACAAAACCUUUGUCGCGAUAUUGUGGAGUCGCGAUCAUCCGAAGAUUAUCGCUACAGAAGUGAGUUAGUGAAGUUUUUAGGUCCUAAUUUUUUUUUUUAUUCAGUGCUCGUCAUAAAAUAUCCACAAUUUUGCUGGAAGUAUCGUGCGACAAGCCUUAUUUCGCCUUUCUUUUUCGGAGAAGCUUCGGAUAGCCUGGUUACUGAAAAAUCUCCGUUCAUCACGGAGUUUUUAGGACACGAAACCAAGUUUGGGUACUUUCUUCUGGAAAACAACAAUGGAUCCCUCUAAUUUUCCAAUUUUUUAUGCGAAAGUUGCCCAUGCAUCGACUCCUUAUGAGGUUAACUUACAGGUUGUUGACCACACAUUUUGUAGUUUUAAAUAAGAGUCUUAUUUUUAGCCACGAUAUUUAGAAAAGUUCCGAGAGAAGCUGUUUGAAGAGAUGCAAGAAUACUAUUCUUCUGAUCAUCCGGACUCUAUUUUUUUGGAGGAUGAGGUUAGUUCUGAUAUUUUUCCGAUAAUGUGAACACCUUUCAGAUAUUGAACGGUAUAAAUGUUCCGUGUGCCUGUUUUUUCGAUGGCAUCUGGAAUCGAGGUCUUUUGACUGACGUCACAAAUAGGACGUUAGUGCUCAAAAUUCUUUUUUCCUAUUUUCUCUCAAACUUAAGUUAGCGUGUAAUAAUCUGUUGUUUCAAUCUUUCACAACGAUUGCCAUUCAGUCGUUUUUUGAAGUUCCUUAACCAGUUCUCCUAAAUAUCUUGAGCUAGACAAAAAAAGAAGGAUUUUUUAAUUAUUAUUUCUUUGUAUGAUGAUGAAAUUUCUUUCCUAGUUAAUUUGAAUUUUUUUUUUCACACUUCAACUACCUAGAUUAUAUAUUUAGAAGUCUUUCGUUUUAUGUGUGAUUUUCGAUUUCGAGAAAGCAGAAGCGGACUGCUGAGUUCGAUUACAGAGCUUCCGUCACCCUCGUCGACUUCGGUACUCGGAAAGUUGUUGAUCUGGAAAAAGUUCGAAAGUUGCACAGCCGGUUCGGACGUCUUCCGCCAUUAGUUCUACUUUGCAGAAUCAAAAGUUUGUUAAGUUUUGAGCGUGUUGUAGGAUUAUUAGAGGCAAAUCUUGAGAUCUCGAAAGGCAAUGCAUGGAACCGAACAUUGUUGAGAUGUUCCGCGAAAGCGUUGAGAAGUGCGAAGGAAUCGUCCGUGUACAGCUCACCACACUCACGGAACCUUAUCUGGUCAGUUUCCAACUUUAAAGUGUUUCAUCGACGGAAGACCUUUUCAGGUUAACCUUUUCCAUCCAAAGAUUAUGGAUUGGAAUAUAUGCCGUUCAAUUUUUAUUCGUUUGGGAAUGAACCGAAAUCCGUCGACCUGCGUCUUUCGAGAUGUUAGUAUGCAAAACAAAAGAUGAAGAUUGUUUUCCAAUUAAGCAUUUUUCCCAAAAUUCCUCCUCGGAGUUUUCCGAUGAAGAGUGGGAAGAGAUGGAAACAACCGAAACUUCAUAUGUUCGUUCUUUCGGCCAUUCUACGAAGGUUUCCUUGUGUUUCAGAAAUCUUAAUUGGAGUUUCUUUCCAGUUUUUGUACCUUGAAGAUCGUGAAUUCGUAGUGGGAUACAUUGAAAAUACUAAUUUGGUUUAUCUUCAUACCCAGGAAAUGCUCGAAAGACGAGAGAACAUUCAAGAUAUUUUGCGUGAUCGCGUGAGUUUUUGUGGGUUCCGUCAUAAAGUUUGGGAAGAAAAAAAAGUUGGGAAAAACUUUUGGGAAAAUUCAGAGCGGUAAUGAAAACAGUGUGGUUUUUUAACCUAUCAAUUUUUAAACCUUUUCCGCCCAUUUAAGAACUUCCGUUUCGGAAGCCAUUGGAAAUACUUUUCACACCUUUUUGAUAAUGAUGAAAAUUUUUUUCUCGAAUUAACUGUUAGAUGAAAAAUAAAAAAAAUACUAUUUCAAAAUGAAUGUACUUAUGCGGUUUGGAUUAAAUUACAAGUUAAAAUCAGCCGUGAUAUUCGUUAUUUAAUUCGAAGAUUGUACACUAAAAUCAAAUUUGGAGAUCCUCAAAAAAUAUUUUUCCAUCGUGUCAAAGAGAUUAGCGACUAGGACUUGAUUAUAAAAGGGAAUAUUGGUGUACAAGGAUAGAACAUAGAAGGAGUAGCCUGAGAUUGCAGUGGAACGAGCUUCCGAAGCUGCCAGAACCUUGGAUGCAUUCUGAGUCGGCUUGCGCAGUCAGAAUCCCUCGGCCUCCAGAACUCGGGAAAAGCUCCGACGAAGAACUUUUCGCUCGCGCAGCUUUUGACCGAGUUGAGAGGGACUCGGCAACUUUGAUCCUUGUCGAUUACGGCAUUUUCAUCACCUCUGAUGCCCAUUCCUUGGAUUGUCGAGCUGUUCCUGACGAUGAAAAAAUCGCCAUCGUUCCCCAGGUUUAUAUUUAUUAAAUUUUCUCUGGAAAACAUUUCAUUUCUUCUAUUUUUAAUUUUUAUAUGUCUAUUUUUAUUCUACAAAGUAAAGACAUAAAAAAACUCCUCUAUUUAGGAUUACAAUAUGCGUUUUCACAUCUGUGUAUUCAAAUAUUUUCUUAGAAACUAUACUUUUUUCCCCUCUAGGAAAUACGCCUGCGAUACCAUAGUUCUUUCCACAAUCAAGGUGGAUCUUGUAGGUGUUGGUUGUUCGAGUUAGUCGUUGGGAUUCGCCGAGGCACCACACAGCGACUGUUUUUCUACGAGAGUUGAUACCCAUCGGCACAGUGGUUAACGUAGAGAAGAACUCCAAAAAUACCCAGGUUUUGUCUGAAAACGAAUAUCUGAUAGAAGAGUCAUUCUGCAGACUCCCAUCCAUGUCGUUUUAACCAAGUCAAACUCGGAGAGAAAUGUUAAUGAGAUGUUAACAGAGAGGUCCUGAUUUAGUAUCAGCUUUUUUGAAAAUGAAAGGUUGAUUUAGGUUGGAAAAAUCGAAGGUCGACGUAAAUUGUCAAGAAGUUGUACCUUAUGUUUCGAGAACCCAUGCAAAAACAGUUAAUAACUUUGUUUAUCGAAUGAGCUGUUCACAUGCUUUGCGCCGCGGAAAGUACAUAACAGAGACUUUACCGGCGAGGCCAUCUUGAUAUAAAAUGUAAAUAUUUUUUAGUUUUGUUUUGGUUGAACUUGUUGGCUUUUUUCUUUGUAAAUAUGGAGAACCGAUCAAUUUGCUUUAAUUAAUAUUCUUGUGAAUUUAUGAUUGCAUUUUUCAUGUCCAUCUUAAUAAAUGACCAACGACGGCAAAAAGGAAUUUUACAAAAGAGCUCAGAUAGGGGCGAAAUUAUCAUCAAUCCCUGUGAGUAAGCUGAACUAUAACAUCAUCACCGCUCUCAAGAGGGAGCGAACCUGUGCGUUCCGAUUGGACAACAGACGCUCUACCUGCUGCGCCAAGCGCUUUGCAGCGGUCAAUCGGAGGGCAGCGCCCAUCCAUACCUUCUCACACGCCGCUGCACCAAUAUAA